AUGAAGGUCCUCAAGGUAAACGUGUUCUUGUCUGACAUGGAUAACUUUGCCGAGAUGAAUUCCAUCUAUAUGCAGUACUGGGGUGAUGUGACGCCCUGUCGGACAUAUGCGGCUGUAAAGGCGCUACCCUUGAAUACAAAUAUGGAGAUUGAGUGUAUUGCUGCUGUUUAA